CUGAAGUCCGACGGCGCCCUUUUCGUGGUGCAGGUCGAUGCCGAUGUCGCCAGCUGGCGCUCCGAGGCGUUUGCCGCGCAGGACUCGCACGCGAUCGUAGACCUGGAUGUGAUUGAGGCCCUGGUGGUGAUCAAAGGCUUCGAAAUGCUCCAGGACCUGGAGGUGAGCGCCGUCAUCAUCGACCACCUGGAGGUGAACGGCGUGAUCUGCGAGUGCCUGAAGGUGACCGACCUGUUUUGCGAGUGCAUGGAGGUGACCGUCCCGACCCUCGUGGUCCUGGAGGUACCCGUCGGCAUCUGCGAGUGCGUAGAGGUACCCAUCGUCAUGGUCGAGUGCGAGAAGGUGAUGGACGUGACCCUAGGCCUGGAGGCCAUAGAGGGCCUGGAGGAGAUGCAGGGCCUGGCGGUGGUCAAGGGCCUCGAUGCGUCCGUCGGUGUUCCAGGGCCUGGAGGUGACCAUCGUAAUCUUCGUGUGUCUGGAGUUGACGCGUGCUCAGAGAUGACCGUCGUCUUUGUCGUGUGCCUGGGAAUGAUCGUGCACAUGGUGGACCGCAGCCUGGGCCUCCCCAGCUCCCUGGUGAGGUUGGAGGUGACAGCCGUCGUCGGGUGUGUGGAGGUGCCCUUCGUGAUCCAGGGCCUGGACGUGGUAGAGGGCUUAGGCGUGGGCGAUGGCCUGGUGGCGAUCAAGGGCCUGGAGGUGUUCGAGGGCGCUUGAGUGGCCAUCGUGUUCUUCGUGCUCCGGGAGGUGGCCGUCGUCCUUUUCGCGAGCCGGGAGUUCGUCAGCUCCGAGUGCCUGGAGGUGACCGUCGUGAUCUUCGUGUGCCUGGAGUUGACCGUCGUUUUUGUCGGAUGCCUGGAGGCGCCCGUGCCGUAGGUAGGCGCCGUGGGCAUUCUGUCAUUGCACUGUCAGGCCUCCAUCCUUAUUGUAGGAACGAGGAUGAGAGGACGUCCCGCUCGUCUAGGCGGGGUGUGCAUUUUCUAUGCUAUGCUGCGCAGACGCUUCCGCCUGUUGAUGCGUCCAGGCCCGCGUCGUCGCAGCAACGCUCAGGCCUCUCUGCCCUCCCUCAGAACGAGAGGAUGGCGGCUUUGCUUGCGAGAGUGCAGGCCCGUGAAGCGGCAUCG